CAUCUACUGCGAGAAUGAAGACCAUUCUCAGCAAUCAGACUGUCGACAUCCCAGAAAAUGUCGACAUUAACUUGAAGGGACGGACAGUUAUUGUGAAGGGCCCCAGAGGCACCCUGCGGAGGGACUUCAAUCACAUCAAUGUAGAACUCAGUCUCCUUGGAAAGAAAAAGAAGAGGCUCCGUGUUGACAAAUGGUGGGGAAACAGAAAGGAACUGGCCACUGUUUGCACAAUCUGUAGUCACGUACAGAACAUGAUCAAGGGUGUUACACUGGGCUUCCGUUACAAGAUGAGGUCGGUGUAUGCCCACUUCCCCAUCAACGUUGUUAUUCAGGAGAAUGGUUCUCUUGUGGAAAUCUGAAAUUUUUUGGGUGA